AUGGUAAUCAAUCUGCGGCUGUGGAAGGAGCGCAACAAAGACCGAGAGAUCCUCAAAUGGCUCAACCUCAAUCGCAAGAGUCCUGUGUAUAAGUACGGGUCACAGCCACCUCUCAUGCUCACCUUCUACAAGGAUUACGAGAACAUGCCGAUGUCUUGGAACUUCCGCCAUUUGGGCCACAAACAAACACUCAAAGACAGCGACAUCAGAAGAUCGCAUAUCAUCCACUACAACGGCCCACGCAAGCCAUGGAGAGGCAACGGCAUAGACCAAUACAGGAAGUACUGGACCAGGUAUUACCAUCCAUCGAAAGAGACGCACGAUUUGCUUGUUUGGGGCUUUGAAGAACUUCAGGAUUCGUUCCUGACGUCGUCACACAUAUCAUGCAACACCCGCCCAGCAUGUAUACAGGAGGCCACACGCAUGGGUGUACAGUCGUCGUAUGUACACUUUGAUGCCUGGCCCAAUAAGCCAAAGUACCUGCCCGCGCUGAUGGACUUCUUUGGCAGCAUGUGGGGGUUUAAGCAG